AUGAGGCUGAGAUGGUUUGGACAUAUGAAGAGGAGGAGCACAGAUGUUCUAGGGAGGAGGGGUGAGAGAUUGGGAAGGUAUAAUAGAAUGGAAGGUGUUUCGGCUGCUGAGGUAAGGAAUGGCGCCAAAGAUAUUCAAGGAAUCCAAUGGUAUAGGAGUACCAAUGUAACCAGGGAGGAAGUUAGGCAAAGAAAACUACGAAACAAUCUGUGGAACCGUGGAAGAAAUAUUCCUCAAUCUGGUGAGACACCAGAUAAGGAGCACAAAACCAUUAAGAAAGAUUGUUUAUACGAUUUCAGAUGGUAUGCAAGAUCAUCCGUUAGACCAUCGUUCUCUAACCACCGGCUGAGGAAUAUGGUCUGGGCAACGUCUAAGCACGAUGUGUACCUCAUGUCUGAUUUUUCUGCCGUGCAUUGGUCAUCAUUGACCUGCACGAAAACAGAGAUUCUCGACUUCUCAGGGCAUGUAGUACCACUUGAGAAACAUCCUAAAAGCUUUCCAGAGGGAUUUACUGCAAUCCAAGUAAGCACACUCGCGGUGAAAGAUAAGUUGCUUCUUGCCGGUGGAUUGCAAGGAGAACUUAUAGUCAAGUACUUGGAUAAACCUGGAGUUAGCUUUUGUUUUCGGCCAACAUAUGAUGAUGAUGAUGCCAUAACCACUUGUAUUGGGAUUAACAACAGUGCCAGUGGUGCACUUCAUUUUAUUGUUUCAUACAAUGAUUCUGGAGUUAGGGAAUUUGAUAUGGAGACGUUUCAACAGUCUAACUAUUUCCAUUUUAGCUGGCCAGUGAAUCAUACAUCACUCAGCCCUGAUGGCAAGCUUCUCAUAAUAGUUGGGGAUGAUCCCAAAGGAAUGUUGGUUGACUCCAGGAAUGGAAUGGCUGUUUCUUCUUUGUCUGGACAUGUGGACUACUCGUAUGCAUCAGCGUGGCAUCCUGAUGGCCAAACAUUUGCAACUGGGAAUGAGGAUAAUACGUGCAGAAUAUGGGAUAUCCGAAACUUGUCCAAGUCAGUCACUGUGUUGAAGGGUACAUUUGGACCUAUUAUGUCAAUUCGCUACACGUCUGAUGGCAGAUAUAUGGCUAUGGCAGAGCAUGAAGAUUUUGUCCACAUUUUUGAUGUAAAAAGUGGAUAUGUGGUGGAACAAGAAAUUGAUUUCUUCGGUGAGGUAUCAGGAGUGUCUUUUAGUCCCGAUACAGAGUCCCUUUUCAUUGGCGUGAAGAGUUUCGCAUUCAAUGGCCUCCUUGAGUUUGGACGACGACACAACAAUUCAUACCUUGAUGCAAUGAUAUGA